AUGACAAAUAAGUUGAUGGCGGGGAUGAACCUGCACGGGAAAUGUGGAAAACGGGCUUUCAGUAAAACUCAUCAAUUCAAGCUCAUUUGUGAAACUGUCAUCAACUCCUACGAUACAACCACCACAAAAGUCAUGCAGGAAAUGUCAAAAUUUCUUAAAUAUGCACCGGAGCGAUUAGGUGGUGGUGGCCGAAAGAAAGAAGUGAUACCAUAA